AUGGAUAGGAAGACAUGGUCAAUGCUUGAGAACAAUCCCGAUGUAAUGAACCAAUUGUCAGCGAAGUUGGGUCUAUCUUCCGAGCUCCAGUUCUACGACGUCUACUCCCUGGAUGAACCCGAACAACUCGCGCAUAUUCCUCGACCUGCUCUGGCUCUGCUGGUCAUCAUUCCACUUACACCCGCUUGGGAUCAAAGCCGCAAGGCCGAAGACGCUAACAGAGAACCAUACACUGGCUCUGGACCUGACGAGCCAGUCAUUUGGUUCAAGCAGACCAUCGGUCACGCCUGCGGCUCGAUUGGUCUGCUCCAUAGCCUGAUCAACGGUCCGGCUGUCGACUUCAUCAAGCCUGAUUCCGAUCUCGCAGCGAUACGCAGCCUCGCCAUACCCCUGGAUAUGACCAAACGCGCCGAACUGCUAUACAACAGCGAGCCAUUUGAACUUGCCCACAAGUCGGUUGAGCAGGCUGGCGACAGCUAUGCAGAUCCGACGGAUGCGCGUGAGGGUGGGCAUUUUGUGAGUUUUGUCAAGAGUGGUGGCAAGCUCUGGGAGCUUGAGGGGUCGAGGAAGGGUCCGCUGCAGAGAGGAAGUCUUGCCCCUGAUGAGGACGUUCUCAGUCCACGAGCGCUUGACAUGGGGAUCAAGAAGAUCAUCAAGUUGAACAUGGAUGGAGAAGAGGACUUUCGGGUUAGCUGCAUUGCUUUGGCUCGCAGGUCUUAA